AUGUUCUUGCUAUUGACAGCGCUGUGUUUCCUACUAGUCGGCGUCACCGAAGCUGGACCUGUACAAUGGCGCAUGCCACCAUCAGUGAAGAGGAUGUAUACUGGUUACAUGGCAACGAAUAAUCCUCAUCUGGUGUGGAAUGACACAAUGUCGAAAAUGGCUUUUGAUUGGGUAAGUACACCGGACAGACCAACUGGGAAUUAUUUCCUGAUCGAUGCAGCAGGGCAGUUCCCGCCCGCGUGGCCUCGUACAUCAGUGGAGCAAAAAGUACUUAGAGUGCUCUAUGGAGGUUUCUCGAGAUGGUGGAUAAAGAUAAAGGGACUCGAUAGAGGCACUCCAUAUGGAUGCAAUCAUUUUUAUACCUUAUAUUAUAUGCAUGUUCUGUGCAUCUUUCAAAUCCUCUGA